CGUAUAAUAUUUGAUCUGUUUCCGUGAGAGUAAGUUGUUCUGUGGCUGAGGCAGUGCAUCCGAAAUUCUGAUCUGUGAGAAUGGGAAAAGGUGGAUCUCUGAGCGACGGCGUGGUGAAGAAGAUCGUUCUCUCCUACAGCUACGUGGCAAUAUGGAUCUUCCUGAGCUUCACCGUCAUCGUCUACAACAAGUACAUCCUGGACAAGAAGAUGUACAACUGGCCCUUCCCCAUCUCCCUCACCAUGAUCCACAUGUCCUUCUGCGCCACCCUGGCCCUCCUCCUCGUCCGCGUCUUCCGCCUCGUCGAGCCCGUCUCCAUGUCCCGCGACGUCUACCUCUCCUCCGUCGUCCCCAUCGGCGCCCUCUACUCCCUCUCCCUCUGGCUCUCCAACUCCGCCUACAUCUACCUCUCCGUCUCCUUCAUCCAGAUGCUCAAGGCCCUCAUGCCUGUCGCUGUUUACUCCAUCGGCGUCAUGCUCCGAAAAGAAUCCUACAAAAACGACACCAUGCUUAAUAUGCUCUCCAUCUCCCUCGGCGUCGGCGUCGCCGCCUACGGCGAGGCCCGCUUCGACGCCUGGGGCGUCCUCCUCCAGCUCGGCGCCGUCGCCUUCGAGGCCACCCGCCUCGUCAUGAUCCAAAUCCUCCUCACCUCCAAGGGGAUCUCGCUUAACCCAAUCACUUCUCUCUACUACGUCGCGCCGUGCUGCCUCGUGUUUCUCUCUAUUCCGUGGAUCUUUGUUGAGUAUCCUGUUUUGAGAGACACUUCCAGCUUCCACUUCGAUUUCGUCAUCUUCGGGACCAACUCCUUCUGUGCAUUCGCGCUGAAUCUGGCCGUGUUUCUUCUUGUUGGGAAGACGUCUGCGUUGACCAUGAAUGUGGCCGGUGUUGUGAAGGAUUGGUUGCUGAUUGCGUUUUCGUGGUCGGUUAUUAAGGACACCGUGACGCCGAUAAAUUUGUUCGGCUACGGGCUUGCGUUCCUCGGCGUGGCGUAUUACAAUCACUCGAAGCUGCAGGCGCUCAAGGCCAAGGAGGCGCAGAAGAAGACCGCGCAGGCAGAUGAGGAGGAAGGGAGGUUGCUCGAGGACAGAGAUGACAACAAGAGGAACGAACAGCAGACUUAACUUUUAUUUAUUUUUAAUCGUUCCCUGUUUUAUUUUACACAGAUUCAAGAAAGGAAAAAAACAAACAAGAGGUUUGGUUUGGUUUUCGAGGCAAAUAUGGAAAUGUCAUCGUCCUCUCUGGGCAUAUUGCCGGUUCGGUAUUGUUUUUUUAGUUGCUAGAUCUUCUUCACGUUGCCAAUGCGGUGGGUAGUUAAUUAGUAGAUAUGGGUUUGAGAUUUGAGAACAAUUAUGUGUUACUAGAGCUAGAGUCUCCAAUCCUUUUAUUAUUAUUAUUAUUAUUAUUUUCUUUUAUCUCAUUCCCGUUUUCGGUGGUUUUGUUUUAUGUUAUGUUAUUGUAGGAACUCGAUUUAUGGAGUUUACAUGCUUCUUAUUAAUUCAUAGUACAUUUCAAUUCUGUGUAAUGUGAAUUUGGGAUUUAUCUUAUAGCCAAGCUGUCUGACAAAUUUCA